AUGUCCAAUAACGGUGCUCCGGACUCUUGGGAAAGCCAAGCUGAUGUUAUAAGUGAACAAGGUGCGAAAGAUUCGGACGAUGUGUCUGCAAAAUUUUCCACGUUGAACGUUAAUGCCACGGAGUUCGUGCCUUCUUUUUGUAAGCCUUCCAAGGCUUCUGAUGAUUCUGAAUCCCCCACUACUCCACAAAAAUCAGAAAGUGGAUCAACAAAAUCUGUGGGGAGCCCUGUCUUGAACGGUUGCGGUGAUGGAGGCGCUGAAAGUGGUGAUGGUGGAGCUGCAUCUGCAUCACCUCGAGUGGAGGAACCGCCUCCCGUACCUCCUGCUGCUGGUAGCCCUGCUGUAACUACACCAGCUUCUGGAACUCCUGGCUCUGCCACACCAGUAGAUGGUACCCCAGCUGCAGGCACACCUGAAGGGGCCGGUGGCUCUGCAGCUCCCACAGCCACCCUACCCGUACCAACUGAUGUCUCUCCCACUGCUGAUAGCUGGGAAGCUGAAGCAGAUGAUGCUUUACUUACCCCUGAAGAGAAUAAUGAACCCGAGGAUGAAGAAACAGAACAGCCGGAGGAUGGUGAAGCAGCAAAGAAAAUUCCCAAGAAGAAGCCACCUCGUGUGGAAGAUACUUGCAGUAAGAAAGAACAUGUAAAUGUUGUAUUCAUUGGACAUGUAGACGCUGGAAAGUCUACAAUUGGUGGUCAAAUUAUGUCACUUACUGGUAUGGUGGACAAAAGGACAUUGGAGAAGUACGAAAGAGAGGCGCGAGAGAAAUCUAGGGAAUCUUGGUACUUAUCAUGGGCACUUGAUACCAACCAAGAAGAACGUGACAAGGGCAAGACUGUGGAAGUUGGUAGAGCAUACUUUGAGACUGACAAGAAGCAUUUCACAAUCCUUGAUGCGCCUGGCCAUAAGAGUUUCGUACCAAACAUGAUUGGUGGUGCUGCUCAAGCUGACCUUGCCGUCCUGGUGAUCUCUGCACGUAAGGGAGAAUUCGAAACAGGUUUCGACAGAGGAGGCCAAACUCGGGAGCAUGCUAUGUUGGCCAAAACUGCAGGUGUUAAACAUUUAGUUGCACUUGUAAACAAGAUGGAUGACCCAACUGUAAACUGGGAUGAGAAAAGAUACAAUGAAUGCCGAGACAAAAUCAUGCCUUACCUCAAAAAGUUAGGUUUUAAUCCAGCUAAGGAUUUGUCAUUCCUUCCUGUCUCUGGUCAAACAGGACAAGGUUUACUUCAAAGAGUAUCUGAAGAAAUCUGUCCGUGGUACCGUGGUCCAUCCUUCAUACAGCUAAUUGAUGAACUUCCGUCUCUAAACCGCAAAAUGGAUGGACCAUUUAUAAUGCCUGUUGUUGAUAAAUACAAAGACAUGGGUACUGUGCUCAUGGGGAAGGUGGAGGCUGGAGUUACACGUAAAGGCGCUGCUUUAUUCCUUAUGCCUAAUAGGGUACAAGUUACUGUAGACCAGCUAUGGUCUGAUGACAUCGAAGUAACUUCUAUUGGUCCUGGCGAAAACGUCAAAGUUAAACUCAAAGGUAUUGAGGAAGAAGAUGUUUCCCCUGGCUUUGUGCUUUGUGACACUGCUGAACCUAUCACUACUGGAAGGGUGUUUGACGCUCAAGUCGUGAUCCUCGAACAUAAAUCUAUUAUUUGUGCGGGAUACUCUGCAGUCAUGCAUAUACAUUGCGCUGCUGAAGAAAUUACAGUUAAGGCACUCAUUUGUUUGGUGGAUAAAAAGACUGGUGAAAAGUCAAAGACGCGGCCGCGCUUUGUAAAGCAAGAUCAAGUAGCUAUCAUGAGGAUAGAGUGUGCGGGAAUUAUUUGUCUAGAACCCUUCAAAAAAUUUGCUCAAAUGGGCAGAUUCACAUUAAGAGAUGAGAAUAAAACAAUUGCGAUUGGCAAAGUCCUGAAGGUGAUUGAGUAA